AUGUCUUACCUUCUACCUCAUUUAAAUAACGGUUGGCAAGUUGAUCAGGCAAUCUUGGAUGAAGAAGAGAAACUAGUUAUCAUUCGUUUUGGACAUGAUUGGGAUCCCUAAUGUAUGCAAAUGGAUGAAAUCCUCUAUAAAUCUGCUGAAAAAAUAAAAAAGUUUGCAGCUGUUUAUUUAGUUGAUAUCACUAAAGUGCCUGAUUUCAAUACGAUGUAUGAACUAUAUGAUCCAGUGACGGUGAUGUUUUUUUACAGAAACAAACACAUGAUGAUUGAUUUGGGAACAGGGAAUAACAAUAAAAUAAAUUGGGCUAUGAAUGAUAAGCAGGAAUUCAUAGAUAUCGUGGAAAUCAUUUAUCGAGGUGCUAGAAAAGGCAAGGGUUUAGUUGUUGCUCCAAAGGAUUAUUCAACCAAAUACAAAUAUUGA